UUCUCCUCCUCGUUUCCUCUCUUUCUAUCACUUUCCCCUCUGCAUCCUCUUCCUCCUCUCUGUUCUUCUCUAAUCCCUCCACCUCUUUGCUCCACACGGGUUCAGUCCAGAGGGUGAAGAGGAGGGGAGGGAGGUAGACAGAGGCUGACCUCUCCCCUCCUCCCUCCUCGCACCCGCAGGGCCCAAAGAGAGCUGGAGCAGGGAGCCGUCUGAUGACUUACACCAACAACGAGCUCCUUAACCCAGCCGACCACAGCCCGAUCCCCCUGCCCGCCCCCACCCUGCCUCCCGUGAGCCAGACUCUUCUUCUGUGAGUCGGUGGAGGAGUGAUACAGGACGAUGUUUGGAUUAAAGACUCCACACUUCUACCUCCCAGGUAUGAACCAUGAGUCCAAUAAAUCACCAUCAUUAGGAAUGAUCUCCACGGCAACUCGCACCACGGCUACUGUCAGUCCCCUCAGCCCACUAACCAAUGGGAACGCAGUUGCCCAAUCUGCAAACUCCGGAUUCGCUGCUGCCCUGCGUAAACUGGCCAAACAGGCCGAGGAUCCCAGAGGUUCUGCCCUCAGCGGUGAGUCGUCUCCAGUCUCUUCCCCGGCCACCAGCCACAACUCGCCAGUCACCACCCCGAAGCGGGGCUCAUUAGGGCCCCUCCUGGGCCAGACCCGGGGACACGGUGUCCCCAGCACCCCACCAGUUGUCACCAUUGCCCCCACCAAGACCAGCAACGGCCUGUGGAGGGCCGACGGACGACAGGUUGAGCAGAGUGUUCAGGGACACAGCAGAGAGCGGGUGGGUGCUGAGAACACCCAGCCCCAACAGGAUAAGAGGACUCCGCCCACGCCUUCACCUCACCCCCUGGCUCACGCGUUUGGCCUCACCCCCAACUCUGUCAUGCAGGACCCCAGAAUACAGAGCCUUAGUUUGCCUGGGCAGAUACAUCCCGUGGUUCCCUCCGGUGCCGUCCCAGAGGAGUACCUAAGAGCACUGCGGCCCUUCGCCACCUCAGAUGACCUCCGAUUGACGUCUCUACCCCUGAGUCUGGACCCUGCUGCUGCUGCCCACGCUGCAGCUGCUGCUGCUUACUAUCAUCCUGCCUACCUGCACCACCCACUGUCCUUACCAAGGAUGGAGGAGUCCCUGUGUCUUUCUGCUCUGCGGUCGCAGUUCUACUCUGUGCCUGCAGGGGGCGCCUUCCCACCUCUUCACCCCUCUGCCCUCCACUUGCACCUGCCUGGAGGCCGCUACCCCGGAGAACUGAACCACACAGCAGCACUGGCUGAAAGGCUACAGAUGGAGAAUGAGCUCCGCCAGCGAGAGAGAGAGCAAGAGCGUGAACGAGAGAAAGAAAGGGAGCGCGAGGCAGGGCUGGAGCGCGAGCGGGAGAGGGAGAGAGAGAGAGAGGAGGAGCGGGAGAGAGAGCUGGACAGACAGAAGGAGAGGCAGAGGGAGAGACAGCAGCAGAUGGUCAGAGCGGCCGAGAGCCACUACCUGGCUGAGCUGCAGGCUCGGAGGGCACCACCGGAGGACAGGGCCAGGCCAGGGGAGAGGCUGACCCCGAACAGACUGGAUAAAACCAAGGACUCAGAGCACCCGGUUUUCCCAGCACCCAAACCUCUGUCCCUGCAGCCUGGCCUUCACUCCCCCAGGGGCUCUAUCCCACAUCCUGUGCCCAGCUUGGUGCCUUCUCACUUGGGGAAGCAUCACGCUGCUUCUGGGGGACUCCAUGGAGCUCUGGCAGCUGCCAUGAUGACUCAGAGGGCAAGUGAGGCGGUGUGGUUAACACGGCAACGGGGGCAAGGCCAGGAGAGGGAGGGUGCACUGGAGAUGGGCCUCAGGUCACCUGGGAAAGGGGUGGAGCUGAGGAGAGACAGUCACAGAACCAAUUCAGUCCAUCACAACCCGGGCAGCAAAGAUGCACCCCCUUGCCUCAGCGCUCCACCUCCUCUUAUCUCCCCUAAAGGUCCCCAUCAUCCUCCUGCCCCUCCAACCACACUCUGGAAUCCAGCCUCCCUUGUCGACACCCCUGCAGACUCCCGUAGAAAACUCAACCCUCCUACGCCGCCAAGUCGGCCACCACCAGGACUGACCAGAGCCGAGAGACCUCCCCUGAGCUGGGGGGAGAAGCUGGAAGAAGGAGGCAGGAGGAGGGCGGAGGGCACAGAGAGGUAUACCUCACUGAGGGCAGCUAGUUUACAAGAAGCAGGUUCCUGGAACAAAGCAGAGCAGGACAGAGCCAUCCAGAGCCUCUAUCACCGGCAUCACAUCAGUAACCUCCACCAGAAAUCCUGUGCGCCUCCGUCUAUUCCCGGUGCCUGCGCUGAUCUGCUGGGACGGUGUCAGGCAGCUUCUCUGUCUCCAGUGAGGGAGCGACAGAGUCAGCCGCCUGACAGCAUGCUGGUGUAUGACGAGGUGCUCCAGCAGCACCGCCGGCUGCUCAGCAAACUGGACCUGGAGGAGAAGAGGAGGACGGAGGCCAGAGAAGGAGGUUAUUACUAUGACCUGGACGAGUCAUAUGAUGAGAGUGACGAGGAGGAGGUGAAAGCCCAUCUGAGGAGAGUGACAGAACAGCCCCCACUCAAACUGGACACAUCAUCCGAGAAGGUGGAUUUUCUGCGUGUGUGUGGUCUGACCACGCUGGCCCACCGCGAUGAGCUUCUGGCGCGAAAGAGGAGGAAGAGGAGGAGGAUGAUGAGAGAGCGCAGCCUCUCUCCGCCGGCCGUGCGGGGCAAGAGGAAGGCCUCAUCACCUUCAACACCUACAGCUCCCUUAACUACCCCGUACUCUGCCGAGCAGAUGGACAGCACCCCCGAACUGGACGAGAAAAAAGACUUCCUCCUUAUGUUCAACCUGUCCCAUGUCAGCCCACAGCAGAGGAGAGAUAAGGAGAGGACAGAGGAGCUGCUGAAGGCCAUUCAAAGGAAGACUGUGACAUUAGACACACUCAGAUAUAAUCCUUUACCUCCCUGUAGCAGUCCUCCUGCUCCCUCAGCUGGUGACUCUUCAUCAGCCCCUCUGCCGAGUCAAUCAAAUGGACAUCUGUACCCAGACUCUCCCAGCCCCUCCCCUCCCUACUCACACAAACCCAAAAAUCUUCCCCAUAAUGAAACAUUCAAACCCUCAAAGGACACCCACAUGGCCCGCAUCCCUCCAUCCUUUGCUCCCCAUCAUGAAAAGGCUGAAUAUAUGGAGGCUCAGCCAAACAGGAAGCUCCAGGGCCUCCAGAACGGCGUGGUUGCUUCUCCUCAGAAAAAGGAGCCCAAUCCUGUGCAGAACGGGCGGAACCGGCCCUGGGAAAGGUUUACACCUGAGGCCUUUGCUCAGCACUUCCACCAGGCCGUGCUGCAGUCCACACACAACACACUGCAGAACAAAGGAGUCUCAAAUUGUGUCCCUGAGGCCGGCACGAAGGCCGACCGCUCAUUGCCUCACAACAACCCUCAACUGAAAAUUUCAACUCUUAAUCAUGCCCCUCAGCAUGUACACAUCAACGGCCAUCACUUCCAUUCCCCUGUAGCCAGCAGGGACGCUCCAGGGCCACGGGAAAACCUGUCCGAUGAGGACGAGGAAGAGUCUGGUCAGGAGGAGGAAGAUGAGGAGGAGGAGACAGAAGAAGCUCCAAGGAAGUGGCAGGGCAUUGAAGCUAUUUUUGAUGCCUAUCAGGAGUAUGUUGAUGAAUGGAGUAUAGAGAGGCAGGUCCUUCACGGUCAGUGUAAAAGACUCGAAGCACAGAACUACAAUCUGACCAGAACUGCGGAGCAGCUCUCUCUCACAAUGGGGGAGCUGGUGAGUCAGAGGCAGAAAGUGAGAGAGGAGAGGGAGAGACUGCAGGCCCAGCUUGAACACUUCAGGAGGUGUUUGACGCUACCGAACAUUCACUGGGGCAGGGGGCAAGUCAACGGGCACACACCGAGGUGACCUCUGACUCCAGCUCCCCGACGGAUGCGCCUCUGACAGCGAAGGAACAGUAACAAGAACAAGACAGACUGGAGCCAGACCACUCUCUGAAGCACUUGAAGCACUUGAAGGAGCCAAUCCUUGUCUUGUUACACGCUCUGGCCAAUCAGUUGUGUUACCUGUGUGGUUCCAGAUUCAACUGAUUACCUGCCAUGUUUGCCACGGUAACUAUGGUGACCAUGAAGUCUGGGCAUUCCUGCUCUGUCUCAUUCUGCCCAUGGACAGUAACAACACUGUGUAGGUCAAACAGCAUCUUUCGCAGCUAACCGCUCCCACUAGUCCCCGAGUUAGCUUUAAGGACUCUCCACCAUGUAAUUCAUAUCAUGUACGUUUCUGCAUAAACUAUAUCGAUCCACACUAAUGGGACACAUCACUCGGCACAAACCUGUAGCCUCUGUGGACAGCAAUGAGAAGAGACUAAGCAUGCAGUGGUCACUCGGUUAAUACUCAGAGAAUGAAAAUUGAGUCAAGGAAUCAAAGCACACCUCAGGCCUUAAACUUGAUAGGAUGCACUUGAAGUGGAAUUGGAGUGAAUACUUGACCGUCCUCUGUGUGGUGUAAUGUUGUAGUGUCUACUUAGCACCGUAUCUGGCAAAUGAAGCAGUUUGUGUGCGGGUAAAGCUCCUGCAGAGGAUAGGAAACACCUAAAAAGAUAUUAUCUAUAUAAUGGCAAAUGAUAUCAAUGAAGUUUUUUGAGGUUUAAUAAAUUUUCCAUUGGUAAUGUCUCUUGUGAUAGAUGAAGAAUUUUGUAUGUUUUAUUGUUUUAACCAUUAUUUGUGGGAAGCCAUAUGUUUUGUUUGAAUUGCUGCUGGUCAGAAUAAAAACUGUUUUAGAAAAUGAAGGAUGUUAGGACAGUUGUAUUUGAAAAAAAAAGUUAUGUGAUGUCAAAAUGUUUGGACCAAGAUGCACUGGGAGUGGAAGACAACAUGGCAAAUGUCAGUUUUUGUCUCAUGAAGAUUACUCAAGAUGGUUUAUCCCAGAGUCUGUGUCCCUCCACAUGCCUAUAAAUGUUGAUAAAACUUGAACAGAAUAAAAGUUGUGAUAUUUUUAAAAGGCCUUUUGCAGCACUCUACACACGUUCUUAAUAAUUGGCAUCACUUGAGUAAAACAACAGUACUUUCAGACACAUUGUCCGACAUUGCAUUUGUUUUUGCCCCUCUGAAGGUGAUCUCAUGUGGCAUUAUUUUGAAAAGCAAAGUCAAAUGAUUUUGUCAAGGAAACGAAAAAGCCAAAUUAUUAUUCAGCUCCAUUUCAGGACUGUCAAAACUGAUAAACGAUAUCUUUACACUUGAUACUCGCAGAGUACUUGAAACAAAUGUCUAAUUGUUUAUGGAUGACAUAAACAUCAGAAUGACACUAGCCUUCUGUGGAUAACAAUAAAUGACACCUUCUCUUUUGAUGAGAUUUAUUUUUGUUCCAGGCAGAUAAAACAAAUGUCACAAAUUCGUAAUUUCUGCCCCCCUUUCCCUCUGAAUAUUAAAAUCCCAGGAGCCCGUUCCUACAAGCACAAGCUACAGUAGCAAUCUCCCAAAAUCGCCUGACCUUCCUGCGUCACCUGUUCAGUCUCCUCCACAAACUCGCUGUGAAAUCCUGCAUAUUUGUUUCAAUCAGUUGUCAUGUAAUGUAUUAUUUGGGCUGUAUAAUUGUGAUGAAUUAUUUAUUAACAUAUAUUGCUGUACAUUCUGAUGGAAAUUUACAUUAAAAUAUUUGUAAAAUGUC